AUGAAAUUAUUAAGAACUUAAAGAAUUCAAAAUUAGAAAAGUAAAGAGUUGUGUAAACUUCAAAUUCUGACAGAAAAUCGUUGCUUUUAGAAAAAUUUUAACGAAUAAUUAUAUAUAAAGUAAAUUUAACUAAUUCAUUCUGAAUGAGAAAAACUCAAUUAAAUAAGAUGAUUCAUUUUUUGUCAUUCUUAUAUAUAUAGAUUCUUCAAUCGUGGUAGCUGGUUGUAAUAAGGACAUAAAAGUAUUUCAACAUAGAAAAGGGAAUCUGAAUUAAAUAUAAUUAUUAGGAGAGCACAAAAAAUAGUCUUUACUUUAAAUAUUAUGAAACACGCAAAUAAUUUUGUGUCUGAAAGCUUAUUUAAUACAAUUAUAAUAUGGCACGAAAUUAGAUAUGCUUAAUCGAGUUGUUACAAAAAAUUAAAUGAACAUUCACACAGUAUUCAGUGA